CUCCUCCAUCCAUGUCCCAAGCUGCAUGCCAUGGCGAGGACGUCGAUGACGACGACAUCCAGGGCCCUCGCGCUGGUGCUCCUCUCGUCUUGCUGCCUCCUCGUCGCCGUCGACGCGGCCUACGCCAAGAAGCCGAAUCUGUCCAAGAAUGACUUCCUCUCCUGCCUAGCCGCCGGCAUCCCCGCCCGGCAGCUGUACGCCAAGGGCUCGCCGUCGUACGGCUCCGUGCUGACGUCCACCAUCCGGAACCUCAGGUACUUGUCGUCCAAGACGUGCAACCCGCUGUACAUCGUCACACCGACCGACGUGAAGCACAUCCAGGUGGCCGUCUCCUGCGGCCGCCGCCACAACGUCCGCAUCCGCGUGCGCAGCGGCGGCCACGACUACGAGGGCCUCUCGUACCGGUCGGAGAUCCCCGAGCCGUUCGCCAUCGUCGACCUCGUCAACAUGCGGAACGUGACCGUCGACGGCAAGGCGCGCACGGCGUGGGUGGAGUCCGGCGCGCAGAUCGGCGAGCUCUACUACGGCAUCUCCAAGGCGAGCCCCACGCUGGCGUUCCCGGCGGGCGUGUGCCCGACCAUCGGCGUCGGGGGCCACUUCAGCGGCGGCGGGUUCGGCAUGCUGCUGCGCAAGUUCGGCCUCGCGUCCGACAACGUGCUCGACGUGAAGGUGGUGGACGCGAACGGCAAGGUGCAGGACCGGAAGUCGAUGGGGGAGGACUACUUAUGGGCCGUCCGCGGCGGCGGCGGCUCGAGCUUCGGGAUCGUGGUGUCGUGGAAGCUGAGGCUGUUGCCGGUGCCGGCGACGGUGACGGUGAUCCAGAUGCCCAAGAUGGUGAACGAGGGCGCCGUCGACCUCCUCACCAAGUGGCAGUCCCUCGCGCCGACGUUCCCGGAAGACCUGAUGAUCCGCGUGAUGGCGCAGGCGCAGAAGGCCGUGUUCGAGGGCCUCUACCUCGGCACCUGCGACGCGCUCCUCCCGCUGGUGACCAGCCGCUUCCCGGAGCUGGGCGUCAACCGCUCCCACUGCAACGAGAUGUCAUGGGUGCAAUCCAUCGCGUUCAUCCACCUGGGCAAGAACGCCACCGUCAAGGACAUCCUCAACCGGACCUCCUCCAUCCGAGCCUUCGGCAAGUACAAGUCGGACUACGUGACGCAGCCACUGUCCAAGGCGACAUGGGACACCAUCUACAAGGACUGGUUCUCCAAGCCGGGCUCCGGCAUCAUGAUCAUGGACCCGUACGGCGCCACCAUCAGCAAACCCGGCGAGGCGGACACGCCGUUCCCGCACCGGAAGGGGAUGCUGUACAACAUCCAGUACAUCACCUUCUGGUUCGGCGAGGGCGCGCCGGCGGAGGCGCCGAUCAAGUGGAUCAGGGACUUCUACGCGUUCAUGGAGCCGUACGUCACCAAGAACCCGAGGCAGGCGUACGUCAACUACAGGGACCUCGACCUCGGCGUCAACGCCGUCGAGGCCGGCGCCAACGUCUCCUGCUACCAGGUCGGCAAGGUGUGGGGCGAGAAGUACUUCAAGGGCAACUUCGAGAGGCUCGCCAGGACGAAGGCCAAGGUGGAUCCCACCGACUUCUUCAGGAACGAGCAGAGCAUUCCUCCAUUGCUCGCGUGAUCGAUCGAUCGACAGAAAUUAAUCAUCGACGGAAACGCACAAUUUGCAUCGAGAUUUAAUUAGUGUGUGUGAGUGGUGAGUACGAUUAAUUAAGUACUUGGACGUGUCACAUGUCCAACAAAUAAAGAUCAACCAACUAACGUAUAAUCGUAAGAAGAUUAUUGUUUUUUUUUCUUUUUCAUACACGUGUGCGCGUAUGAGUUCUACUUCCUCCGUUUUAUAAUGUAAAACUUUCUAGCAUUGCCCACGUUCAUUUAUAUGUUAAUGAAUCUAGAUAUAUGUAUGUGUUUAAAUUCAUUAACAUCUAUAUGUAUAUGAGCAAUGUUAGAAAUUCUUAUAUUAUGAAACGGAGGGAGUAGCUAGUAGCGUUUUACAUUUCAAUGUUCGUGCCAUCCACUUAAUUUAUUGCGUGAUGAGAUUCAAAUAGUUUUGCUGUUUGUUAGUA